AUGGAGAGGUACGCGAAUGACAAAAGAGUGACUCAGCCGUUCAGAAAGCACCACUGGUGGGAUGCUGUAAAAAAUGAAGCGAAGUGGAAAGGACAACAUGGUCCAGGUAGUGGAACCGACUCCACUUCCAAGAGAAGCCGUCUAGGACCUUCUGGUGAGUACAGCUCUAGCGACGCGACAGGCGACACGGAGGAAGAGCGUCCAACGGGCCGCGAUAGGGCCAAGGCCGCAGCACGGCGGGUACCCAAACGGGACAGUCGCCGGGGCUGUUGGGAAGGAAGCGGACAGGUAACGGAGGAACCGGAGCUUCCCGCCGAGGCUGUGCUGCGCGAGCGCGUUGUGGUUGUAAAAGAGCAUGCCAUGCUCUUGUAUGGCCUUCGCCUCCGUUUGGAGGAGUUGGAGCUGCUCGGCUGCCCUUUGCCGCUCCUUCGCGGCGGCAGCCUCCCUCUUAUGUUGAUCGAGCGCUCUGCACCGCUCGGCAUGCUUCUUGUUCUUCACUUACCUCUGCUCCGCGAUGAGCUCGGGUUUCGCCUUCUUCGUCGCAGCCGUAGGCUGCGUGUAAUAUCCCAGCAAUGCUGGCACGAGUCGCACGGCCACCGUUCGUCCUCUGUCCUCACCGAGCCGCCAAACUCGCAACCGCCGCCCACGCUCGCCGGCGACACAGCUCUUCCUGACUUCCUCUUCCUCCCCUCGCCGGCGGCCGGUGGCGGCGACACUCGAUCGCAUCGCAUGACCAGGAGCCAAACCCCGAAAUCCCUCGCCGUCCUGCUCCGCGCCAGGAUGCACCCGGACCCUAUCCCCUCACCCCCGCACGCUCCGUCGCCCGCCGCCAGCCACGACCCGAGCGCCCCGCCCGCCGCCGCUGCCUCCUCGGUCCGCCAAUGGCUCCACGCCUCCGUAUCCGCGGCCUCCCCGUCUCCCGCCGCCCUGGACUGCUUCUCAGACGGGUACCGCUCCCUCGACCGCGGCGGCCGCCACGAGAUCCUCCGGUCCCUCGCGACCGACUACGACGUGCCCCGGGCGCGGGUCCGCGACCUCAUGCGCCAGUACGUGAGCGUCUCCGCCGCCGGGGAGGGUGGGGAUGAACACCCGGUCGGCGAGAAGGAGGACGGCGGCGCCGCAUCGGCGCUGUAUCGUAUGGAGCGUGGCCUCCGGGACGCGCUCCGGCCCAAGUACGCCGGGUUCCUUGAGGCCAUGAACGCGCAGCCCGGCGGGCUCAAGUUCCUCGCGGUCAUCCGCGCCGACCUCCUCGCCUUGCUGGGGGAGGAGAAUGCUCCAGUGCUGCGUGCGCUGGAUGGGUACUUGAAGGAGAAGCUGGUCACAUGGCUCAGCCCGGCCGCCCUGGCGCUCCACCAGAUAACCUGGGAUGACCCUGCCACCUUGCUGGAGAAGAUUGUGGCUUAUGAAGCUGUGCAUCCAAUCAGGAAUCUGAUAGACUUGAAGAGGAGGCUGGGCGUUGGCCGACGUUGUUUCGGUUACUUCCAUCCAGCGAUACCAGGGGAGCCCCUGAUUUUCAUCGAAGUUGCUCUCCUCAAAGACAUGGCCACAUCUAUACAGGAAGUUUUACUGGAUGUCCCUCCAAUUGCUGAAUCUGAAGCUAAAUGUGCACUGUUUUACUCAAUAUCAUCAACCCAGCCAGGAUUAUUAGGUAUUAAUUUGGGAAAGUUCCUUCUCAAGCGCGUCAUUGACAUGAUGAGAAGGGAUAUGCCUUCAGUGCAGAUCUUUGCUACACUUAGCCCAAUACCUGGUUUCAUGCAAUGGCUUCUCGCUAAGCUGGCUUCACAAAUAAAAUUAGCAGAGAGAGAGUUGCAAGACGGUAAUUCGUUAGAAAUCGCCAGUUCUGCUUUCAAAGAAUCCAUCCUUCUCCCAGAGGAAGAGAAGCUGCUACAAAAUGCUGUUGAACAAGUUGAUAGUAAACAAGGAAUUGAACUUUUGCAAGAUAUACUGACAUCAAGCCAGUGGGUAAAGUCUGACAAAUUAUCUGCUGCGCUAAAAUCUCCUCUUAUGCGUUUGUGUGCAAGGUAUCUUGCCAGAGAGAAAAAGCGAGGAAAAGCACUAGAUGCUGUUGCAAACUUUCACUUGCAAAAUGGAGCAAUGAUUGAGAGAAUAAACUGGAUGGCUGACCAAUCAGAGAAGGGCAUUGAACAAAGUGGAGGUAUCAUGGUCAAUUAUCUGUACAGGUUAGAGAAUAUAGAAGAGUAUGCACUGUCUUAUUCGGGUACAGGGCAUAUCCAUGCUUCACCUAGCCUCUCCAAAUAUGUUGAGGAACAACCAGAUACAUGAGACAGAGAUGCAGUUGCUUCCCAUUGACACGUGGCCUAUAUGUGAUACAAUCGACGAAGAUACUUUGCAAUGAUAUAAUACGACACAUCUUUUCCGGUUUACUGUGGACGUUCCUGCAACAUGUUUAAUUUGGCAGUGGCUAUUCUGAAUACUUUCUGAAAGCCACAAAGGGGUACGAACAGAUGACUCUGACUAGCUCUUCAUCCCUUUUGUUUGGCAAUUGUAACAGAAAAUACAGCAUAUAUACCUUGCACAUGAACAUGCAGGAAUAUA